AUGGAUUAUUUACGAUGUUUGGAAUUUUUCUCUGGCAUUGGUGGCAUGCAUUUUGCAUUAAAAGUCAGUGGGAUCGCAGGACAGAUAGUCAAUUGCUUUGAUGUUAACAUUGUUGCUAAUACCGUUUAUAAGCACAAUUUCAAUAUUGAUCCAAUUAAGACAUCAAUAGAUGUACUUAAGCCGCAAGACAUAGACAAACACAAAGCAGACUGCUGGUUUCUGAGUCCGCCAUGUCAACCGUACACAAGAGGUGGCAAACUGUUGGAUGAUAGAGAUAACAGAGCAAAACCUCUCCUGCAUCUCAUUGAAAUACUGCCCCAAUUGCGUCACCCACCAAAGUUCAUAUUCGUUGAAAAUGUAUUGAACUUUGAGAAAUCCAAGUGCAGAGAAAAGCUUGUUAGACAGCUUUGUCAUCUUGAGUAUUCAAUUACGGAGUGUUUAUUGAGUCCAUUGCAAUUUGGUAUUCCAAAUCAUAGACUUCGAUAUUAUCUGGCUGCUCAGCGCAGCCACGCAGCUCGAGUGCAGUCGGCUGAGGAGUACCUUACUACUGCGUCCAUACACACAACUUGGCCACUCUUCCCUGCGGGCGAAUCUGCUACAACAUCCACUGCGUCCAAUACAUCUGAGCCAUCAGUGGAUCAAACAUUCAAAGUCUCUACUCUCGAUUAUUUUUUGCAAAGCCCACAAUCAAAUUUAAAAGACUUUCUCGUACCGCACGAGUAUUUAACCAAAAUUUUGCAUGGAUUCAAACUUGACAUUGUGCAUCCACACGAUAAGCGUUCAGCGACUUUCACAAAGGCAUAUGGUUCUCAUCACAUAUAUUCGUCAGGAUCGUUAACGCGAACCGAUCCAAAGCAGGUUGAAUAUAAUUUUAGUAACCCAGUUUCGUUACUAAACCUUGGGAUACGAUUCUUUACACCAUUGGAAAUAGCGAGAUUACAUGCGUUUCCAGUUGAAUGGGGAUGGGGAUUCUGGAAAGAUAACAAUUAUGAUCAUUACAGCGAUGAUGACGGUCAAUGUAAUCUAAACGAUAAGCAACACAACAACAGCAAGCUACCACGAACAUUUCACCCAAACUUGUUGGGAAGUGACAAGUUUACAUUUCCCGAGAACAUCACCAAUAUACAAAAGUACCGGUUGUUAGGUAACAGUUUAAACGUCUGGGUAGUAGCUGAGUUAUUUCGGUGUGUAUUAUUCACGGAAGAGCAGAAUUAA